GAAUUUUCUCACUUUCUGCAAACUUCAUCGAAAUGCAUGCGAUUCAGAUGUGAUUUCGUCCUGAUUCUGAUGACUCUCCACUAUUGAGAUGAACGAAGACGUUGCUAUUACCAGACAGUGAAUCGGCUUUUUUACUUGGAAGAAGACAUUUCAAUGAUGAAGCAUGGUUUGGAAGGAGAAGGCAGUGAUAUAUGUUCGCAAGCAGUACUUAAUCGAGUCUCCUUUGAUGUAUAUAGUUCAAGACCUUGAGGAAGUUCAUUUUGAGCUUGAACUGUUCCAUUUCAUUCAGGUGCGAGAUAUGCUUGGAGAUGGACUUGGAGAUGGACGUCUCAUAAAACGUCGAAUUCAAGAUGGAAGAGGUAUGUUUUUAUUCUUAUAUCUCUUGUUGGGGCAUCUGCUAGACUCCAGUUCCUGUUUUCUGUGUAUCUAGUUUUGUCCACCUACACUAUUCUGAUCUGCAACGUUUCACCAACUUAUUAUGCGAGUUUCCAAUGGAUUGUGCUCUCCAAGAUAGUCGGUUAAGCGUUAACUACAAAGGCAUGCUUCUUAAUGAAGACAAGACUGUCUUCUACGAUAGCAGGAUUGAUAAUAAUGAUCAGCCGUUGGAAUUCAGUUCAGGAGAAGGACUGGUGCUUGAGGGAUUUGAAAUGUGUACUCGUUUGAUGCUACCUUGAGAAAUUACUCUUGUAACAUGUCCUCCUGAUUAUGCAAAUGACAAAUUUCCAAGGCUGCCUGGCGUUCCUGAAGGUGCACAUGUUCAGUGGGAAAUUGAACUUCUUGGCUUCGAAACACCAAGAGACUGGACUGGGUUGAACUUCCAGAGCAUCAUGAAUGAGGCAGAAAAUAUCAGAAGCACGGGUAACAGGCUGUUCAAAUAAGGAAAAUUUGAGCUCACAAAAGUACGAAAAGGUGCUCCGUGAAUUUAAUCAUGUAAACCCACAAGAUGACGAGGAAGAAAAUGUGUUUGGUGACGCAAGGAAUAUGUUACAUCUGAAUAUUGCGGCGUGCUUGCUUAAAACGGGAGUGGAGAAAGUCUGUAGAAACAUGCAAUAAGAUCCUAGAAGCAAAGCCUGGUCAUGUGAAGGGUCCCUACCGCCGCGGAAUGGCUUACAUGGCAGGUGGAGAGUAUGAAGACGCUAGAAAGGACUUCAAUAUGGCUGCUUAUGUUGCUGUGAUGCAAAGAGCCAACAGGUUGACAAAUCUGGACAACAGACUUUGUGCAACUGAGUCAAGAGAGUUUGAGCGACUGAGACAGAGAGUUUGAGCAAGAGUUUGACUGUUUGAGCAACUAAGGGUUUGGGUCAGAGGCUGAAAGCGUUCAAAGACGUGACAAUCGUGAUCAAUGAAUCUAAAUUCUGGAGAUGAUGAGUGCUUGAGGUCCGUCGACUUUGAGUCGCAAAAAUUGAUUAACUCUCUAAACGCUGAAGAGGAAAGAGCGAAUGCUGAUGGUGGAUCACAACCACGAAAAGUUCGUAAAAAAAGGUUCAUUCAAGUGGAAGAUGUUGAGGAUGAUUCUGAAACAGAACACACUCCAAAAGCGAGACUUGUUGAGGACAGAAGAAAGUCGUCUCAACUGAAUAAGAGAAAGCCACAACUGGUUGAUAUUGAAGAUGAUGAUGCUGAAACAGAAUUCACUCCUCAAUCGAGAAAGAGAAAUCAAGAUGAAGUGCGUAAUAGGAAGCAACAAGUGUUUGAUGGUGAAUCAAGUCAGCCGAACAAGAAGAAGAAAAAGAUUGUUGAUUCUGAUUCUGAAGAUGAAUCGAAUGGUGAAUCAGAUGUUGAUGACAAAGGAAAGUCAUCGGAUAAGAAAAGGGAGAGUAGGAAGUGGUCAGCUGUGUGGAAUGAUUUUGUUGUUAUUACAAAAGAGGAUGGCUCACAAAAAGCACAGUGCAAACAUUGUAAGAAAGAAUACAAGCAUCAAUCCCAUAAGAACGGUACUGCCACUUUAGGAAGGCACAGUAAGAGAUGCUCUCUUACGCCUAGAACUAGUGGUGAUAUCGGGAAUAUGAUGAUCAACACAGAAGCUAAGCUACAAGCACGGAAGAUUGAUCACUUAGUUUUUCGUGAGAUGGUAGCUAAGACAAUUAUUCAACAUGAUUUGCCAUUUGCUUACGUGGAGUAUGAAAGAGUUAGAGCAGUUUGGAAAUACUUGAAUGCUGAUGUUAAGUUCAUUAGUCGCAACACAGCUGCAGCAGAUGUAUACCGCUUCUAUGAGGAUGAGACAGCUAAUUUGAAGAUGGAACUAGCUAGUCUUCCUGGAAGGAUUAGUUUUACCUCUGAUUUAUGGCCAGCAAUAACACAUGAAGGGUAUGUGUGUCUCACGGCACAUUAAGUAGACCGAAAUUGGAAGCUGAGAAACAAAAUUUUGGCAUUCCGUGCUCUCCCACCACCUCAUACAUGUAUGGCUUUAGCAAUGGAUCUUCUUCAGUCUUGGAAAGAAUGGGGAAUUGAGAAAAAGGUAUUUUCCCUCACAUUAGACAAUGCCACUAGCAAUGAUUCAAUGCAAGGCAUUGUAAAAUCACAAUUGUUAUUGCGUGAUGAUUUGUUGUGUGGAGGGCAGUUUUUCCAUGUUAGAUGGUCAGCUCACAUACUCAACCUUAUUGUUCAAGAUGGAUUGAAAGUUAUUGGCGUUUCUUUGCAUAAAGUUAGAGAGAGCAUCAAAUAUGUUACUGCCUCUGAAUCAUGUGAGCUGUUGUUUUCAAAAUGCAUCGAUGCUGUGGGUUUAAAUGUCAAAGCUGGUUUGAUAUUGGAUGUGCAAACAAGAUGGAACUCGACUUAUCACAUGCUGGAUAGGGCUAUCAAGUACCAAGCUGCAUUUACUAACCUUAAGAGGAUUGAUGGGAAAAACUAUAUGUUUUUACCCAGUAAUGAAGAAUGGGUUAGAGCAAAGGAGAUUUGCGAUUUUUUGGAGCCAUUUGACGAGAUCACUAAGCUCAUGUUAGGUUACACAUAUCCAACUUCGAACUUGUACUUCAUGCAGGUUUGGAAGAUCCAAAAUUGGCUGAAAGUGAAUGAAUCAAGCAGGGAUGCAAUUGUUAAAGAAAUGGUCAAACCGAUGAAAGAGAAGUUUGAUAAGUAUUGGGAAGAAGUUAGUGAUGUCUUUGCAAUGACUACUGUCUUUGAUCCACGGUUGAAGCUCACACUUGCAGAGUUUUGUUUUGGAAAGCUUGAUCCGAAUUCCAGUAAAGCAAAGAUGGAUCACUUGCUUAGUAAAUUGCAUUUGUUGUUUGAAUCGUAUGAGAAAAAGCCAAAGACGACAUCACCAUCUACACAGACGAGAACGUGAUCAACAAAAUGAUGAUGGAGAACAAAAAGGGAGUUUUUCAAAUUACCAAGAUUUUUUUACAUUUCGCAAAUCAAGUGUUAUCGUUAGUGGGAAGUCUUCUCUGGAAAUGUAUCUUGAAGAACCGCCAUUAGACAUGAUCAAUCAGAGUUUGGACAUCCUCGAUUACUGGAAAGAUAACUUUGAAAAAUAUGGUGAGUUAUCUUCAAUGGCUUGCGAUUUGCUUAGUAUAUCUAUCACGACAGUAGCUUCAGAGUCUUCUUUUAGCAUUGGAGCUCGCGUUUUGAACAAAUACAGAAGUCGACUUCUUCUCAAAAACGUUUAAGCUUUAAUAUGCAGUCGCAAUUGGUUAAAGAGAUUUGAAGCAUACGAAAACGAAGAAGAAGAUGUUGACGAUGAGACACUACCAUCUUUUCAAUCAAUUGUGGAUGAUGAAGAUGGAGAUGAAGAUAAAAAUUGAAGAAGAUUCCAGUUUGAUAUCUAUUAGUUUUUGCAUUUUUAUCUCUUGGAUAUUUGGUUUUUUUAUAUGUUGGAAUGUUCUUUUGGAUUGUGGUUUUUAUUGUCUUCUUAUGAUUAUCGAUUGUUUUUUGGGAUUGGUGUUUUUAUUGAAAUGUUGGUUUUAGAUUUUAUAAAUGCUUUUAUAUAAAAUUUUCAACAAAAUAAGUAUACAAACUAAUAAGUAAACAGAUUUGUACUAAAUUAUAAAGAAAAAUCGAAUUUAAAACAAGUUUAUAAA